AUGAACGUCGAGGAAAACGUCGACAAUGAUUUAAUUAUCGAUGAUAUUGAUGAGGCAACCGCUGUUGAAGCGGUUGCUUUCGAGUUGACAACCACAGCGCUCACUCAUCCCGACGGUUUCAAUGCUGUACAAUGGUUUCAAGCAGCUCGUCGCGCCAGUACUGGCCUACCUCGGUUUCUUACUACUGGUGAACUGAAAGCGCGAUUGGAGCAAAUAAGAGAACGAUAUAUGGCUGGUGGUCAACCUGUAGUUCCUCGACACCACUAUGUUAGUAUCUUUGGGGAGAUCCAGCAAGAUCCACCCCAAAUCAUUGAUCUGGAAGCUGGUGGGGGAGGUGAGAUGCCACAUGAUAAUGAUGGGGUUGGAGGUGAGGGGCUGAAUGCCAAUGUUGAGCUCUUAGGGGAGAUGCAUCAAAAUCCACCCGAAAUUAUUGAUCUGGAAGCUGGGAAUGCUGGUGGGGGAGGUGAAAUGGCUCAGGGUAACGAUGGAGUUCCGCCAUUAGGGGAGAUGCAGCAAAAUCCGCUCGAAAUCAUUGAUUUAGAAGCUGGAAUCUGGUGGGGGAGCUUUGUUUCUGGUUUUGAGUCUGAUAAUCACGAUGGUCUUAAUGCUGGUCACAUAGAUCCUCCUAGCCCUCAUGGCGAUAAUGCUGACGGUGAUGGCACCGGUGGUGGUCAGGCUAACGAUAAUGGUGCCGGGUUUUACCACGACUGCUAUAAUGAGGUUUACAAAGUAUGGAGUGUUGGUGGAAGGUCGGUUUUAAUUUGGAAGGAUGUUGAGGAGCUCGCGAACAAUUAUGGAAAAGAACAUAGAAAAAUAAUUAAAGAUAGAAUUUGAACAUAUGAUAUUGAACUUGCAGGUUUACAAAGUAAGUAGUAAUUCGAAGGUUAGAAAAUGAAGAGUAGUAAUGGUGUAGCUAAUGUUACUUUGGUUUGUUUUUACAUUUAAAGAUAGAAUUUGAACGUAUGAUACUGAAAAAAAAUUAGCAAAAAAAUGGGAG